AUGGCGGAGGAAGAUGCAGACAUAGCUCUUUUACAUCAGUUACAGGCAGGACAAGAUGCUACGGCUUGGGAAGAUGGGGAUACUGGUACCGCAGAUGGUGAUCAACCUUCCAAUACAGAAGAUAACAACGAACAUGUCAAGCAAGAUUCCGUUAAAGAUGCCCAAGUUUCUCGUGCUUUGUCUCCUUCAGGCGCAGCUGCGUUGACUCCUGGCGGCGAUUAUGAUCCUUCCUCUAUCACAUCCCUUCCAGCGAUGGUCACUGAACUAGAUCGCUCAAGACCUAGUUCUCAAACUUCUGUGCGCAAACCAAAAACUGUCGGAGGAUUUAUAGCAGAUGAUUCUGAUGAGGAAAAUGACGAAUCUACACCACUUACUACUGGUCAUUUGCAACUUCCAGCUUCUGAUAAUUCCAAACGAUCUCCCUCCCCAUUGCAAAAUCCUGUUACCCAACAGGAAGUGUCUAUCAAGAUGGAGAAUCAAGAUGAUUCCAAGGCUGAAGCAUUAUCCUCCAUCACUAAUUCUAUGAACCCGAGUGACGUGGGAACACCCACAGCACAAAUUUCGGUGCAAGUGCCCAUCUCCGUUGGUACAGCACAACAUACCUCCGUCCCCAGAGCUCGUCUUCCACAUGAUAAGAUUGGUAUGCUUGAAGAUCGUGUCAAGGAGGAUCCGCGAGGUGACAUGGAAGCCUGGCUUUCUUUAAUUGGUGAACAUCGGAAGCGUAACAAGUUGGAUGAUGCGAGAGCAGUUUAUGAGAGAUUUUUGAAGGUCUUCCCACACGCUGCGGAGAUCUGGGUGGCCUACACCGAGAUGGAACUCGAAUACGAGAACUUUAGUGCAGCAGAACAGAUCUUUGGCAAAUCAUUGUUGACUGUCCCGAAUAUUCAACUCUGGUCGGUCUAUCUGAACUAUAUACGCCGAAUGAACGACCUUAAUGUCGAUCCCAGUGGUUCUGCUCGUGCAACGGUUUCCCAAGCCUACGAUUUUGUAUUAGCAAACAUUGGUAUUGAUAGGGACUCAGGUAAAAUUUGGCAAGAUUACAUUCAAUUCAUUCGUAGUGCACCUGGUUCCAUUGGUGGCAAUAGUUGGCAAGACCAACAAAAGAUGGAUCAAUUGCGAAAAGUCUAUCAACGUGCCAUAUGCGUUCCCAUGUCAAACGUGAAUGAAUUAUGGAAACAGUAUGACCAGUUUGAGAUGGGCUUGAAUAAGAUGACGGGUCGUAAAUUUCUUCAAGAAAGAUCUCCAAAUUACAUGACUGCAAGAAGUGCCAACACUGCGCUAGAAAAUCUCACACGGGGACUUCAGCGUACAACUUUACCGCGACUCCCACCUGCCUUUGGAUUUGAGGGCGAUCAAGAAUAUUUACAUCAACUGGAGCUAUGGAAGAAGUGGAUAUCUUGGGAGCAGGAGGAUCCGUUGGUUCUAAAGAUAGACGAAUUGGAUGCUUACAAACAGCGAAUAUUAUACGUCUACAGGCAAGCUGUCAUGGCAUUACGUUUCUGGCCUGAGAUUUGGGUCGAUGCUGCUGAGUGGUGCCACAACAACAAUUUAGAGAAGGAAGGAGAUAACUUCCUUGCGGAUGGAAUCGUCGCAAAUCCAGAGAGCUGUUUAUUGGCCUUCAAAAAAGCCGACCGACUUGAAUCUACACUUCCUACCGAAGAAGCCGGGAAGAGCGAUCUUGAAAAAGGAGCAAUUGUUCGGGCUCCAUACACUAAGCUUCUGGAGUCUCUGUAUGAGCUCAUUGCGGAUUUGAAAGUCAGGGAGACGAAAGAAAAGGCUAAACUUGAGGAAAACUCCGCCAUUGACGCCUCUAUCAGUGCAAUUGUGAGAAAGGCAGAGGAUGAUGAUGAUGACAGUGAUCCCGACAAAGAUGCCCGGGAAACCUUUAAAGCAGCCCAAUUGAGUGCUAUUACACAAGGUUUUGAAAUGCAGAGAAAACUUUUGCAGCGAACCGUAUCUUUCUCUUGGAUUGCACUAAUGAGGGCCAUGCGGCGCAUUCAAGGAAACGGUUCGAUUGAAGCAAAGACCGGAUCAAGAUUCAUCUUCGCCGAAGCUCGUCAGCGCGGCAUGAUUACAAGUGAAGUUUACGUUGCCAGUGCCUUGAUUGAACACAUGGUAUACAAGGACAAAUCUGGUACAAAGAUCUUCGAGAGAGGCGCUAAACUUUUUCCAACCGAUGAAGCUUAUCUUCUAGAGUACUUGAAGCACUUGAUUUCCAUUUCAGACAUCACCAAUGCUCGGGUUGCUUUUGAGACAGCAGUCAGUCGUUUGGCACAGAGACCUGAAACUGUUCACAAGACGAAGCCGCUCUAUGUUUAUUUCCAUAGCUACGAAUCUCAAUUCGGAACUCUAGAUCAGAUCAAGAAGCUAGAAAAGCGAAUGGCGGAACUCUUCCCAGAUGACCCAAAACUUCUGAGGUUUCCCUCGCGUUACAGUGCAGAUGGAUUUGACCCUACUGCUGUACGACCCAUUGUCUCGCCUGCUUCACAAAUGAGACCCAAGUUGGUUAUGCAAUCGAUUGAGCAAGCUCCCUCCAUUCCAGACAGUCCUCGACCUCAAUACGUGCAAGAACAAAGCCCACGACCACAGCAACCACCACAGUUCAUGCCGAACCAUAACACGAACUCACCAAAGCGACCUUUUCCAGCCGAUGACUUCGAGAGCGACCUCAACCCUCCACGAAAACUAGCUCGUGGUCAGUCUCCCCUGAAGGGGGCAGCAGGACGCAGAUUAGCGCAGCAAAAGGGAAUACAGCAAACGCAAGGAACACCCACCUGGCAAUCCAAUGCGGCACCCUACGUGAUCCCGCGAGACAUCACGUUUCUCCUUAGCAUCAUCCCUCGUGCCGAUAUCUAUGGUCGCGAUCCACAGCUGAAAGACGUUAAAUUCAAUACAAAUGCUUUGGUUCAAUUCCUUGCCAGAACUGAGGUGCCUGAUUUCGUGCAGUGGAAGAGUGCACGGGACCAAACUCAACAAACUCAACAAACUCAACAACCACAACAACGCUAUGACGGUAUGAUACCCAGUUACCAAGCUCCCAAUACUCGUGAAUCUUAUGGUUACGGUGUACAAAAUACUGGAAAUAAUGGAUAUUCUGGAGACCCGAGUCGUAUGUCACAGCCUGGUUAUCCUCCUGUAGAUGAUCGAGUUUCAAGCGUAAUUCAGGGUCAUGAUUACAUCAGGUCUCCUGUUGCACCUCAGGAUAAUCAAUGGGGAGGGGGAUAUAGCCAGGCGCCUUCUCAUUCACGAAAUGCGAGUUUUGAGAACAGAGGAUGGCAAGGGCAGCAGCAACAAGCUGGACCAUACACGCAAACUCAAUAUCCUGGAAAUGGAAAUCCCAAUGGCGGAUAUUAUCAUUGA